AUCAGCACAAAACCGGGCAUAAAAGCGGUGUCCCGGGGGACUCCGGCUCAGAGGCUGAGCGGGACGGCACCAGGCACCUCGCCUCGCACCGCGCCACCUCGGGGAUCGCCGUCACCGUGUCCUCGGGCUGAGCCGUCGUGGGGGGAAAAUCCUCCGGGGAUGAAGCUGGGGGCCGCCUGCCUCGUGUGCCUGCUGCUCGCCUGCCUGGCCCUGCCCACCGCCGCCACCCGCAUCCGCUCCAUGGAAAUCAGGAACCCGGACAUCGACCCCUCAUGGUACACCGGCCGCGGGAUCAGGCCGGUGGGGAGAUUUGGGCGACGGCGAGCCUUGGGAGAAGGCACCCAGCUGGGGGGGGGCGGCUUGCGGCCAGCCUGCGCCCCUCUGCGCCCCCAGCCCCCCCGGGGGGAGCGCAGCGCCUGAGCUGAAGAUGGGGGACCCCAAUAAAA